CCCGAUUUAUCUCCCUCGGUGGAUUUUUGGAAUUAAUUUUCAUCUUCAAAAACUUCUAAUCCCACAUAUUGUGUGAAAAUUAUUUGGAACUACCGCGCGAAGCGAUGAAUUCAAAUCGUGAUUUGACUCCGGAGUCAGUGCGUCAGUGAAGGCAAGAUGGAGUCUUGCCGCGGUGAGAGUGUCGUUUGGUUUUUUAAAAAAUUUUUGUCGAUCGGAGGGAAAAAAAGUGAUUAACAGGUGAUUGUUGGUGGUUUGUGAGUUGUGAUUAUUGAGUUUCUAAUCGUAAAAGGGUUGGGGAGAGUGUAAAAUAGUGUUUUAUGUGUGUGAGAAGAAGUUUUGGUGGGGGAUGGACUAGUCUUUGUCUCCCUCUGUAACGGAAAAGGCGGGAUCCGAGUAGUUGAUAUGCACUGAUGGUCACAAACGACCUUGCUGUUACUCGGAGGUAAAAAAAAACACGGUGGAAAAAUCUCCCUGAUCCUGGGACUGCAACCGAGGGUUAGUCCAGAGCCAUUUUCCAUUACCACCCAGUGGUUUUACGAUGUUCAUAUGGUGCCAGCGGAUUUUUAUAUGGAUGAAUCCGAGGAACAACCAAACGUCCAAAUCCACAUGCUGUUUCCAAAAAGAGGGCACACUCAAUGGAGACAGUGGCUGGCGUCUAUCUGUGCGACAUUAUCAAUGGUAGCAGUUGGUACAGUGUACGGUUGGACAACGACGAUGCUGACGCGUCUCGAGAAGAACAAAGACGUUCCAUUACAGAUAACUAGCGAUGAAGGUUCUUGGAUCGUAUCAAUAGCUGUGAUAACGUCGAUGGUAGGCUCCUUCUUGGGUGCUUGUCUAGCGGACUUGUUUGGCCGUAAAAAAUGUCUGCUUAGCUCGAGCAUUUUCUUCAUAGUUGGCUGGUUAAUCGUCAUCUUCGCUGACACUGUUGUUUGGCUUUAUAUUUCCCGGGUUGUAUUGGGAGUUGGAGUUGGGAUGUCCUAUACGACUAAUCCGAUGUACGUGUCUGAAGUUGCGGACACCAACAUACGAGGCGCAUUGGGCACUCUAAUUGCUGUGAAUGUCUUCACGGGAUCGCUAAUCACCUGUAGUGUGGGACCAUUUGUGUCGUACAGAACACUUGGAGUUGUUCUUUUGUCUAUUGCGAUCGUCUUCGUCGCGUCGUUCGUAUUCUUCCCGGAGAGCCCGUACUACCUUGCCAUGAAGAAUCGAGAGCGGGAGGCUAUUAGGGCGAUUAUGUACUUCAAGGGAUGCAAUACCGAAGAGGCGAGACAGGAGUUGACGAUUAUUGUUAGAAAUAUCGAUGAUGACCGCGUGAAUUCUGAAGGAUCGAGGAAGAAGAUCCGGAGACUGCUGUCUUACAACAAUAGAAAGGCCUUUGCCAUGGUUUUGGGACUGAUCAUUACGCAACAACUCAGUGGAAACUUCACCACAAUGCAGUACUUGUCCAAGUUCUUCGACGCUGCCAAUAUUGGUAUAGAUGCGGAUUAUGCUACUAUCAUUGUGUUUACUGUUGGACUUGUCUCUGGAACUGUAUCUACAAUGACUGUGGAGAAGGCUGGGAGGAGAACUCUUCUCAUUUUGUCCGCCUUCUUUUGCUCAGCGACACUAAUCAUUCUUUCGGUUUAUCUUCUACUUAAUUCAAAGAAGAUAGACUUGACUGCUGUUAAUCUGUUACCGGUUAUCCUCGUGAUACUAUUUGUUGUUGCUUAUCAAGUGGGAAUUGGGACUCUGCCCAAUGCCCUCAUCGGCGAAUUAUUCCCAACUUCUGCCAAGAGUGUUGCUGGCGCUGCAAUCACGAUUUCAGAUGGUGUUCUUGGAUUUGUUGUCUCCAAGCUCUAUCAGAUUAUUGGUGAUGCCUUUGGAGAGCAUUACGUUUAUUUCUUCUUUGGGGGAUCUUGUUUUGUCGCGUUUGUCUUCAUUUUGUAUUAUAUACCGGAAACGAAAAAUAAGAGCUUCGGGGAGAUUCAGGAGGAGUUGGCUAGCACUUGUAGUAAAUUCUCGGUGAACAAAUACUUGCGGUCGUCGAGGAAAGAGCAGGGGGAUGACCGCGUUGUGUGACGUUAGGAUUUGGGGGUGUUGUUUUAUUUGACUCAAUAGAGAAUUAACGUCUUGAAAACUGUCUUGAUAUUCUUGGCAAGCUGACAGCAAUUCGUCUUCCUAAAGUUUGAUGAAGUAUUCAAAUUACUUUCUGUAAAUAUACCUGAUGAUUUUUAUAAACUAAA